AUGCAAUACAUAGUUUUUCUUAAAAAUAGCAAAUUUAAUUAAAUAUUAGCUGAAGAUGAUAUCUUAGGCGAAGAAGAAUAAUAAUAAAAAUUAAGAUAUGAGCAAGAAUUCAAAAUGUAUGAAAAUUAUAGAUCUUAUUUACUUUAGUACUAAUUUUUAAAUGUGACUUUGAAAGAUAAAAUGAAAAAGCAGCAAAAUAAAUUAGAAAUUGAAUUUACAGACAGAUUGCAGUAACUCAAAGAUAUUAUUGACAGUAACAUACAACUUCAAACAAAGAUCUUAAGAGAAAGGGCAAUUAAUACUCUAGAAGAAGUUUUAUCUAUUGAAAUAUAUUUAGCAAGUUAGAUGAAUUUAGUGAAUACGCUUCUAAUUUAUAAGAAUUUCUAAAUGGUUCGGUAAAAAAAGUCUAUAUAGAAAGUGGUCUUUCUAUUGACAUAGAUUAAGUAAAUACCUACAUAAACGAAUCGUCAUAGUUAAUAGAAAAAGUAAUAGAAAAACAUAGUGAUUUCUUUAGUGAAUACCCAUAAAUAGCAUAAGCAUUAAAUGAAAUUAUACAAGAAUCCAUAGUACAAAUAAAGGCUAUAAAAUAAAUAAAUAUCUUCCUUACUGAAAUAAAGUCAGAAUAAGAUAUUAAAAUUGAAGAAAAAGCUAAAGAAGAAUAUUUUAGAUCAAAAGGAUUUGGAGUAGAAUAACAAUUUGAUGAUUAAAAUAAUCAACAAAAGGAAGAUUUAGAUAAUUAUUAAGAAGGAGAAGAAAGACAUAAUUAAGAUUAUGAAAAUUAAGAAGAAGAAUAAUAAUAAUGAAAUUAUUUUAAUUAAAUUCAAUAAAUCUAAUUAGGAAAAUAAAAGUAUUUUUUUAACAACUCUAAAUCAAUUUAAAAUAAAAAUAAUUCUUUUCUUAUAUUAUUAGUGUCUGCCUGUUUUCAAUUUAUAAUAAUUUUAUAAUGUUCAAAAUUAAUUAAAUCUAGAGUAUACAUAAAACAAAAGCAAAUUAAUUCAAUUUGGUUUUUAUACUUAUAAAAUAAUAUAAUUUUUAUUUGAUUUUCCUAUUUUCAAAGAUUACUAGGUCCUAAACCUAAUUAUUUUUCAUAACUUAGUUUACACUUACUUACAAAAUAAUUAAUAUUUCUAUACUUUUAAUUUCAUAUUUAAAUUAAAGAUUAUAUCAAAAAUAUCUAUUAGAUGA